GUCAAUCCCAAGAAAAAGUUUAGUUUGUUCUCGGCGGGCGUGCGGUAAACUGAUAACAUAUUAAAACAAUAUGGAACGCUGGCAAAAUCGCGUUGCUGUCGUCACCGGGGCUAGCUGCGGCAUCGGCAAGGCAAUUGCCGACGACCUGGUUAAGGCUGGAUUGAGAGUAGUUGGUCUGGCCCGACGAUACGACCGAAUGACUGAGAAUAGAGCCAGGCUUCCGGAAGCACUUCAGUCACGCUACUUCAUUCGAAAGUGUGAUAUCUCCGUCGAGUCCGAAGUGAAACAAGCUUUCGAUUGGGUCGAACACAGUCUCGGAGGCACCGAUAUUCUUAUCAACAAUGCUGGAAUAGUUCGACCGGGUAACAUCGUCGACAUGGACUCACAGAUGAUCGACGAGGUUUUCAAUACAAAUGUCAAAGGAUUGAUAUAUUGCUCGCAGGCAGCUUUCAAGAGCAUGAGUGAUCGGAAGUUCGCGGGUCAUAUUGUGCACAUAAAUAGCAUUCUGGGGCAUAAUGUUCUAGGUGGAACACCAGAAGCACCAAGCUUGAAUGUCUACCCGCCUUCGAAGUACGCAGUGACAGCUAUAAACGAGACCCUCCGGAAUGAACUGAGGGUUCUGGGGACGAAAAUCAAAACAACUAGCAUCAGUCCUGGCAUCACAAAAACCGAAAUUGCACCACCGGAAUUGUAUGAUUUGUUCGAUGCUCUCCUAAUGCCAGAAGAUGUGUCUCAAGCUGUGUUGUUUUGUAUUGCAACGCCACCUCACGUCCAGAUUCAUGAAAUGGUUAUAAAACCCGUUGGAGAAAUUGUCUAGAAAUACCCUAAUAUUUUAUGUACUUAACCCAUUGUGUAUUUCGACUCAAUUUCUUAAUAUGUAAUAUUCAAUUUAAGGGAGGGUUUUUUUGUGUUGAUGUUGUUUUUUAAGUUAUUAUGUUUCAAAAACGAUUUUGUAUUUUUGUUAUCAAUAUUUUUUUGUAUUGUUUCUUAAUUUUGUGUACCUAUUUCUUUCUUGGAAGAGUGAUGCGAUAGAGAUGGAGAUAAAAAAGCUAAUUAUAGUAAAAAUAAAAUUGAUGACCGAAAAAAAAACGUAUUGCUGAUAAAGAAAAUUGAUUCGGAAUGAUGUGAUGUUGAACCGGAAUAGAGUGAAAUAAAUCAUAUUAAAUUUCCUAAUCUUUAUCAUGACUAAACAAAUCUUUCGGAAAUGUUUAGUCAGAUGCAAGUGAAGAGGAAAAUUCUUAUCAAUUUGAUGCGAUGCAUUUAAAGAAUUAUUCAAUUUUUUUUUUAUCAAAAAUGAUGAUUUGCAUAUUUUAAACGACCUAAGCAAAUUGUUGUCGUUUAUUAUUUACGCGUUUAUACAAGUAUAUAAGUAUACAAUUCUUCAAACUUCGAAAGAAGUUGAAUAAUAAAAUAAAUGGUAUUGAAGCUAA